AUGUGCUUGAAGGUUCCGUCUUUUCAGCCGCUUUUGCCUUGCAGCACCCAGCGCGCACCUGCUGCUGCUCCUACUACUGUUCAUGUUGAUGCGGAGAAAAAAGUGAAGGAGGGAAAAGGGGAGAAAGCGGAUAACGGGGAAGGAGAGGAGGAGGAGGAGGAGGAGGAGGAGGAGGAGGAGGAGGAGGAGGAGGAGGAGGAGGAGGAGGAGGAGGAGGAGGAGGAGGAGGGGGAGGAGGGGGAGGAGGAGGAAGAGGGAGAGGAGGAACCCAAGCGGGUGCUUCUCUUUGUUGCAGGUCAGUUCAUUGCAGCAGCUGCCUCCGCCCGUGCUCUGUGUGCUUGUAGUCACGGCUCUAACCUGGCUGGCUGGACUGUUUGGGCAGUGGGAAAUCUGGUGGGCAGUGGGAAAUCUGGUGGGCAGUGGGAAAUCUGGUGGGCAGUGGGAAAUCUGGUGGAUGCCAAGGUGGAUGCCAAGGUGGAUGCUAAGGUCAUUCUAUUGUGCCUAGAGUGGUUUCCCAGCUUUCCUCAUGGGCCUUCGAGUUCUUGUGAUGGUGGUGGAGAUUAA